UAACACUUCAAUACUGCAUUUUGCAACUCUUGAUAACCAUAAUCGCUUCGUUUUCGAAUAAGCCACCAAAAAAUUGUUAUAGGUAAAAUGUUUCGUUUACGUUUGUGGGCUUUCUAAACUGAACACAAUUUUGACAUAUCAAUGUUUCCAACUUUUGAUGCAUCUACCUAUAUUCUUCUACCAUGCAUUAUAUCUAUAUAUACAUAAAUUGGAGAGUGAAAUUUGACAAGUAGUAUCCAAAGUAUCCAAUACAGAGCAAAUGAUGCCCGCUUCAAUAGCUGUACUUUUGGGAGCAUUGUCUUUGUCUAGUCUGCAUCAUAAUAACAACGGGAAUGAUAACACAACCUACUAUAAGUUUCCCAAAUUUUGGACCAAUUCUGGACUUUGUCCUCUGGGCGAUAUAACUCAUGAGAGUAUUACCAAUUACCUCCUUUCGGAUGCGAUGCGCGGAAAUCUUUUACAUUUGUCAGCACUACCACGAGGCGCAUUGACACAUUUGAGAAUACACUGGUUAUUGGAACUACUGCAAUUUGAACAAUUUACACAAUCUGGUCUUCCCAUUUUUGAUUUUAAUCAUUUGGAUGAGUUUUUGGUGGAUUUGGAUGCAAUGAAUAUAUAUCCGGUGAUCGAGUUCAUGGGAAACUUUUCAAAUUUAUUUUUAAAAAAUCCCACAUACAACGACGUUUUAUGGGAAGAUGUAAUCUAUCAAGUUACCAAGCGUUAUUUAAAUAUGUUUGGAGCGAAAAAGGUUUUAAACUGGCGUUUUGAAACUUGGAAUGAACCCGAUGUUCUGACGUACAACAAAUUGAAUUUCUCCUUAGAAGACUAUAUGAUAUACGUCAAUUCUACUAAACAUGGAUUAACGAGAGCUGGAGAAAGAUCAAACAAUAAUCUACAUAUUCCAUUGAGAGGGCCCGCAGGUCUAUUUAAAAAGCGCCUACAUCAUCCCCUAUGUUGGGGUAUUUUAGAGCACUGCAAUACGAACAUGCAUGAUUGUCCUUUUGAUAUACUUACAUUUCACAGGAAAGGCAGUGGAUCUAAUUCAUCUAUUAUACUUGAGGAAUCCGAGCGUUUGCUAUCUGAUAUAUACACAACAUUUCCCCAUAUACAAGAGUUAUUAUUUUCGAAUGAUGAAGCAGAUCCAGAAGCAGGUUGGUCAACGCCGCGUGAUUACCAAGAAGAUGUCAGAUACGCCCUGGCUUUGGCAAAUAUUGUUCUUAACCACUGGGAAGCUAAAUUGAAUGGUAAAAUAUUUGCAAAAUUUGAAGAUUUAAGCAAUGAUAAUGCUUUCAUGAGUUAUCAUCCAUUUGAGUUUUCCCAACGUACCCUACUUGCACAUUUUCGUAUGAAUAACUCAGAUCCCCCUCACUCACAAUUUAUACAAAAACCGGUUUAUGCUGCUAUGGGAAUGUUGUCACGAUUAGCAAAUAUGGCAGCAAGUCCAACGAUAAUCAAAACAAAUAUUGGAUUACCAUUAAAUGUUCUAAAAACUACAGCUAAUAAAGGUCAACCAAUGUAUUUUAGUUGGUUAAUAGUCCCAGUAUUCGAAUCUGCAUAUGAUGACGUUAUUGUGGCCGAAAAAUUCCAUUUGUGUGCAAAUGAAGUAAUUGCAUUUAUUAUUGAAGUUAUCGAUCAACAACAUACAAACCCUGUCCAAAUUUGGCGCUCCUUUAACAGCCCUUCCUAUCCAAAUGCAACAGUAAGAGAAGCAAUGCGUUUUCAUCAAACAUUAAAAGUUCAUGAUGACGGAAUUUUGACUACACGAGAUAUACACAUUAAGCUAACUACUCUAGUAUAUCCCUGGGUGCUGCUCCUAAGAAUUUGUUCAAAUCUGAAUAGCAUACUUGAUCCGCCACAAAAUUUGCAAAUAUCUCGAGUAACACAAGGUGAAGUUCUUCUGACAUGGGUCGAAGCAACGAUCAAGAACGUUUCUGCGCAGUGUCUGAGAACGUAUGAAAUAUGGUUUAGGCCGAAUCAACGAGGUGCAUGGUCAUAUAUAUCCCUUGGUUGGCAUUUGCCAUUUCCUUUGUUUCAGUAUGCACCGCUACAGCAGAAUGAUAAGAAUGUUAAUGGCUUUUAUAAAGUACGGAGCGUCGAUAUUUUCAACCGGACUAGUUCCUUUUCCGAAGAAGUGCAAUACAUUGAAAUAUAAAAUAUUUAGGCAUUAAUUAAAUACAUUAUGUUUUACAUAAAUUACAUGGUACAAUAAAAA